AUGCGGCCGGGCUCGGCCCCGCGCGCCCCAGAGUGCGGGGCGCCCGCGCUCCCCCGACCCCAACUUGACCGUCUCCCGGCUCGCCCAGCCCCCUCCCGGGGUAGGGGCGCCCCCUCGCUCCGGUGGCCGGGGAAGGAAGUCGGUCCGCGGCCGCAGAUCCCGGCAACUUGCGAGCCGGGAAAAGUUUGCGGCGCCUCCGCGGGGCGGCGGCGCGACGCGUCCCGCCCCUCGCGUCCGCGGUCACCGCGGGUGACUUUCUCGACUCGUCGUCAGCCGGGGCCGCAGCGCGGCCGGCGGGGACUGCGGGGAGGGCCGGAGUCCGUCCGAGGGCUCCCGCACCUCGGGCUGCGGAUUUCAGGUACUCCACUGGGCAUUUUCUCUUCAUGGAGCUUAUAGCAACAAAAGUGCUUUACAAAAGUGCUUUACAAAAGUAAGUGCAUAAAUACAGAUACUCAACAAAUAUUUGCUGAAUAAAAUACUCAGAUGAGAAUAAUUAAAAGUCCACCUUGUCCACCUUAAAGAGAAUGAUGAUCAUGCUUUAGUGGAGAGAAUGAAGGUAUCAAAGAAAGAACUGGCAGAAAAACAGAGCUUAGUUCCAGUAUCUAGCCUAAACGUUUAUGCUUUAAAACAGGUAUACGCAUUUGAAAAGAGACAAAGACAAGUGAUAGGGUUUCUAGAAGAAAUAUAGCAGUGUUGAUUUAACGUAGUACAUUUUAUGACCUAGUUUUGUUUGAAGAACACGAACGUUUGUAAAGGUAUAUUUCUUAAAUAAUCAGUAGCUGUUUGCAUUGUGAUUGGAUGUCUAAUUAAAUGGCCUAAUCAUAACCAUAAUAUCUCACUUGAAUGCUGUUUUUAAAUUCAUUUUUAAAAUAGCUUGAAAUAAACCAAUUUAGUUACAUGAAGGAAAGUAUACCUUUUGAAAUCAACUAAAUCCACAGUAAGGAAAAUUAUCGUCAGUGUAUCACUAAAUGUAAAUUAAGCACUGGAAGUAGCAUCUUGCCAAGAAGGUCUUCACUCUAGACAAUCACUUUGUGUAGAAGAGGUUUAAUGUGGAAUGUGGACUGCAGUGAGAGAUGCCGUUAUUCCUCUGAGGGUCUAUUUGGUGACAUCAGGAAAAUACUAACGCCCCCCACCACUUCAACAUUUGUAAACCUGGCAACUUCCGGAAAGCCUAGUGGCCCUAUUUCAAAGUAACCACUCAACCUAGAACUUAGCAUUGAUAUUUGAACAAGCUAUUCUUGUAGAAUAUGGGUUCUCCUCUGUGCAGAUUUGCUGGCUGGGCUAUCUUGUAAGAGAUCACAGCAGUUUAUCUCAGAGUGUAGUCCUUAGAGCACCUGUGUCAGAAUCACCUGUAGUGCUUACAAAACUUCAAACUCCUGGGCACAUCCCACAUUUACAUAAUCAGAAUGUCUGUAAACAGAACCUAGAAUCUCUGUUCAUAAAACCCAUUUAUGCCUAGUGUUCCAUUGGAAUGCUAAGCUUGUGGGAGUUAUUUAUAUCCUACGGCUCAAGGUCAUCGCCAAGGUCUGAUUUUUCACAAAAAAAUGUGCAACCUCUGGCAUAAAUGGGUUAAUGAACUCCUUCAGAAGUGAGAGUUAAUUACACUAAAUUUUAAGAAUUAGUGUUAGAGUUUUCUUGCCACAAUUGUAAUGCUCAUGUUGCUUUCUUCCAGGAACAUUAAAAUCUCCCCAGAUGCUCACUGCUCUGAUCAUUUCCCCUACAGCACCAGACAUGUUGGCAUCAUCUCUUAGUUGGGCCCUGUGGCCAGGGAACCCCUCAUGAAACCACCUCUGCAGUCCUGGAGAGUUGCUGUAGAAGAAGGAAAAGAGAGGAAGACAACACAACGCAGGAGGGGAUAAGUACCUCUGGACACAAUGGAAGUAGUAGUUGUUGAGCAGAGGGAAAGGGAUAGGGGAAGGAUGUGGACUGCAGUGCUGCAGUGCCAGGUAAUAACUUUGAUCAUGUACCUCCUUGGCUCAGGUGCUGUCUCUUCUACUCUCUUCCUUACUUGUACUACCUUAUUUAGCACUUAAUUAUAUACUUUCUUGACUCACUUUGAGACACACUGAUUAUGUGGUCUGCCUCAAAGACAGAAUCCUAGUUUUGGAUUUUAGCAUUACUGAUCUAUGUAGCCUUGCAGGGGCUUAAGGAUGGCAGCUGUCUCUCUCCCUUGGGAUCUAGCUUUUGCAAAUAUUGAAGGGAAGAGAUUUCUAUGAUCUUAUAGGAAUAGAUCCACAGUUCAUCUCCAAAUUUGCUUUUAUAGAGAAGUGUGUGUCACCAAAACAAUGGAGAUACGGUCAGAGAGGCCCCUACCCCCAGAAUUUUAAUAUAAUUUUACUUUCCGGGACAUUUAUUCUUGUCAAAUACUUUCUCUCCUAUCAGCUCACUUGUUCCUCACAAAAGCCCUGUAAGAUAUUAAUAUUAUUAAACAGACCCCUAUGAAGCACCUCAAGUCUUUCUCUCUUCCCACUUCCAUUCUUGCACACCUUUUGCUAGACUAGUCUCUGCGUUCAUCACAUCAGGUUUCUAAAAUAAAAGUCCCCUAAUAACUUUCUGUUUGUUCCCUCAUCAAGUUGACCCUUUUUUGCCUGGCUUAUAAGGUGGCCUUAAAACCCCAUUUUCCUCUAAACAUUGUCUCUGUAGUUCAGUAACAUAGCAGGCUCAACACUAUGCAUGAGCCCAUAUUGCUUCCCUCAUUAGUGAUGCCUCCUCUCAAACCACCCAGAUUCUACUCAUUCUUCAAUUUCCAGCUUCUCCUUGGAGCCUUCCCAGAUCAUUAGCUUGUUAAAAAUCCCAGCUUUCUCUGAAUUCUGAUGGUAGCCACCGUUAUUUGGACAAUUAUGUCCUGGUCUUAAAGUCCUAAUGGAAAAAAAAAGUAUAUGAUGGACUUCAUGUAGAGAAGAAAGCACUGGACUGAGUUUUAAGACAGCUGCGAAGGAGCUGUGUGAGCCAAACCAGGUUACUUUACCUCUCUGGAUCUAUAUUUGCUGAUCUGUUAAGUGGAGAGGAUUGGGUCAGAUAAUCUUGGUGGUCUUUGCUUAUUCUGAGGUUCUUGGACAACUUGGCCUAGUUCACGUGGGAUGGGAUUGAAGAUCUUACUGAGUUCUUGGAUGGAAAUGUCAGUAACGGGCACUCAGUGCCUUCAGGACUUGUUCUAUGCUAUCCCAGAAAUUUCUGAUGCUAAACUUGGCAAUUUUUAAAUGCCAUAUUCCUUUUCUCCAAACUCUUUAACCACAAGAAUUCAGAGAAGGUUAAUGGGGGGUGACUUAGUUAUCUGGAUAAUAUGUAUUGUGGACAAUAUAGCAUUAUCCUUGGGAAUGAUUUCAUAUUGUUGAAUAAAUAGGAUCAACUUCUUGAUAAACCUUAGUCCUAAGCAUUUCAUCUUCAUUGGAUAGUGUUAUAUAGUAAUAUAUUUAUGUUUUCUUUUAAUCAUUUCAUAACUUGGAAAAUACUAACGUAGUCAAAACUCUAGGGUAGGUGAUACAUGAGUUUCUAUAGUAAUCUGGUUGGACACAUGUUGUAAUUCUGCAUAUAUAUGUACAUUUAUCCCAUGCAUGUUAUGCCUAAACUAAGAAGGAUACCCCCAAAUUAAGAGGUGCUGUUGUACAUUGACCAGGCUUAAGAAUAUCUCUUUAAAGUGUGUCGACAUUUAAUUGACCUUUGAAAGUUCAUUCUGUUAAUCAUACUCAAAGUGCUAAAGCUAUGGUUGACUGCUCUGGUGUUUUUGUAUUCAUUCGUGCUUUAGCAUAUAAAUUCUUCAGCAUAAUUGCUACUUAUUUAGCAAGAGUUUCCUUUCUUUGAAAAUGUGAGUUCUGCUUGUAUUUUUGUGUCUUUCUUUCUUUCUUUUUUUAAACUUUGCUUCAGGCUGGGUAGUGGUAGAGGUUUGAAUUAAAAUGUUUUCCUGUCAGUAGCUGUAUGAGGUGUGGCUUCUUAAUCUAGAAGUAAUGGAAAUUUCUUGCUUAAAUGAAGUGCACUUUUCUUCCUACAGAAUUUAGAACUCUUUUAGACAAGCUUAACACUUCAAAACCGUAUAUCUUUAACAGAAACUUUUGGAAAUUUUAAAAUUCCAUUUGUGUAGAUUAAAAAUAUCAGUGCUAAUACUUUCUAUUAAAUAAGGAUUUUUCUAUUUUCAUAAAACCUCUAAUUAUAUUCCUUGAAUUGCUAUGGGUAGAAUUUUGUUGUAAACACAAUAUUUUUUAAAAGUCAAAUAUAUUUUAAAAAUCUUAACAUUAUAUUACUAUAACUUAGAGAACAGAUGUUUACAUGUUUAAAAUUUUCUAGGCCUUAAAUUUGUGAAAUCAGUCUUUCAGAAGUUAUUUUUAAUAUAGUUAGCUGUGUUACAGGUUUAUAAGUUGGCAUUUCAAUUUAAAAUUUUUUCAAUUUAUAUUUCAAUGACCAGAAAAAAUAGUUAAACUUGUUCCUAAAUUCUAAUAGAAAAAUAAAAAACCACAUAGUUGUUAAUUUCUGGUAAUUUAUCUUGAGACUCCAGACAUGUUUUUAGAACAUUUUUACCUUAAAAGCAAUUUUAAAAUAGGGAAAUUAAAGUUUAAAGCAGAGUUUUCACUUUAAUGAGGUAAUUUUAUACUUCCCAGAUAGGUAGGCCCAUAUUCAAGAUCACUCUGAUCUCUGUUUAUAGUAAGUUUUGAUGCCAUUAUAUCAUUUACUUGUUCACGCAUUAUAAGCAUAGUAGAUAGCCCCAUUGUCACGAAGCUGGCAUUUUCUUGUCUGUCAUUCAAUAUUGUCCCCUUUUUUUUUCUGUUUUCAUCAUAGCCGUCCUUUUCAUUUUAUUGUAGCCCUGACUCAAAAUGAAAGUAAGUUUGUUCCUCUUAAACAUGUCACUUGAAACUCUUUUUUAAGAAUAUACAGUGAAAUGUCUUAAAUAUUAUCUAAAUAAUACGUAAAGAAUGCAAAUGACUUGCAAUGCUGAAUAGUCAGACACAGGAUGUUCCAUGCUAAGGGUAGACUCAUAUUUCCACUUUAUAAAAUGUGGUUUCAGAAAAUAAAUAGAUGUGUUUCUUCCUUAAUAAUUAGUGUUUCAGGACCAAAGUUGACUAAAUAUGGAAGUUUAAGAUAAAGCCUGGUUUCUUAGGGAAUCUUUCUCAGUCCUUAGUAAUUCUGUAGGAUUGAUGAUAGAGUGACAACUUCAAUACACUCAGUAUUCUUUUCUGUUUGAAGUCUGUUUUGCCAUUGUAAAAAACUUAUUGUCGUUUGAAUUUGGGUAUAUGUAUUCACAGAUGGUUUACUUUAUUUUUAUUUUAUUUAAACAAAUACUUUCAUGUCCCAAACACUGAGACAUGUUUCAUGUCCUAAACACUUCAUAAAUACUAGAAUAUUUAAUCCUCUUAACUCUGUAAUUAUAAUAUCUUCAUUUAACAAUUGAGAAAACUAAGAUACGAAGUUUUAUUUAACGGUAAGGCCUUAAGUAAGGGGAGAGUGAUAAGUGUAAGCAGAGUGGAAAACUUAGUAGUGCUAAGAAGCAACAGAAGUAUGUGCAAGAGCUUGGGAAGAUGUGUCUACUUGGAAAGGAUCAGGGACUCAGCUGGGAUCAGUCUUAAAGAGCAACAUGUCCUCAUUCCUCAAUUUUAAGCCUUUGGGCUCUAGAAGUAAAGGGCAAACUUAGAAAGAGGAGGCACUCCUCAGGUUUCGGCUGCCUGUUCCGUCCUGGUGAGGUGGCUAUACUGGCUCAUGUGUUUCUCAUAGGGCUACAUGAGCCUUUAUGUCUUACCUCCUCCUCAUUUCUUGGCUGACUCCUGCUUUUUUGGAGGGUUUAACUUCUCUCUCAGCUAGAAGGUUAGGCAUUGCAAAUAUCAGUGGAUAAUUUUUUUCUUAGCUUUAACCCCAGCCCAUUUCAACCCCCUUUUUGCCCUUUGUAUAUUCUUUUGAAAAUAUGAUCCAGUAGUGUUUAUGAACGUGUGUUGUGUAAAAUUUAGAGAUUGAUGUUAAACAACAGAAUUAAAGGACAAAGCUGUCUUUUUUGUUGGAAUUGGGGAUGGGAGAGCAGCUCAAAGUAGGAAAUAUGGAGAAAGGAGAGACAUUGUGGAA